GCCCCCGCCGCCGAUCAGAGUUGGCGGGAAAGUGGCAGUAGCUCAGCAUGGCAGCUGCAGCGUCUGAGUCGCUGUCUUCGGGUGGCCCCGGGGCCGUGCGGCUGCCGCGCUCGCCGCCCCUCAAGGUGCUGGCAGAACAGCUGCGGCAGCACGCAGAAGGUGGCCCGGGCGCGUGGCGGCUGUCCCGGGCGGCGGUGGGCCGCACGCCGCUGGAGCUGGCGGCCGUGUGGAUGCAGGGUACUGUGCUGGCGGCGGAAGGCGGCCAGGCGCGGCUGCGGGACCCGAGCGGUACCUUCUCCGUGCGUGGCCUGGAGCGCGUACCACGCGGCCGGCCUUGCCUGUUCCCAGGAAAGUACGUGAUGGUCAUGGGGGUGGUUCAGGCCUGCAGUCCUGAGCCCUGCCUGCAGGCCGUGAAGAUGACGGACCUUUCUAACAAUCCUGUCCACGAAAGCAUGUGGGAACUGGAGGUGGAAGACUUACACAGGAACAUCCCUUAGAGCUGGGACCCUCUAAGAAGAGCUCCCCCUAAAGGAAUCUACGCCCAGCUGGGUCUCAGGAACAGCAUGAAAGUUUCUUGAAGACAUUUGCUUUGGUUGAGUCAGACGUCUGGACCCUGGGAGCUGGAGCUUCAGUUGUCUCAGCCACCACUCCCUGCCCGUGCUUUGCUUGCAUGAGAAGCAGAUGUCCCCCCCUUUGUCCCUAACGUGUGUUCCUUUCUCUCGCUGAAGCACAUGGAAAAUUCCUGUCGUCAUUUCCUGAUUCUGCGAGGGAUGACACUUUCUCCUUGACUGCACCUCUGAAUUUCAGUCGUUGCCAGUGGGUUAAAAUUAUGGACAUAAGGACAGAAUGGCAUGGUGGCCUGCCUUCCAUCACCAGCCAUUGCCAUCUUGUAGGGCAGGUGCCAACCUCUUGCUGACAGCUUUCUCUCUCUGCUUCGAUGUGCUUUUUCCUCAUUGUCUGUGUCCUUAGACUCUGAAGCUGAGGCCACCUGUUGAGAAUGGUCAGAAUCCUCACAAUGCUCCGUUGAACUUAAAAAUCCAAGAUGGAGACAGACUUUUCAAACACUUCUCCUUCAAAACUAUUGUGGAGAGACAGCCAGGGUGGGACUAGUCUGCAGGCUUAGAGUCCUGACCUCCUUUCUGUAUGAAAUGCCUUUCUAUUGGGAUUGUGUCAGUGUUGGGUUUGACUUUCUGCUGAUGACCCAGGCUAGGUUCAUAUUUGGAUGACAAAAACCAAGCAGCCCACCUUACUACAGUAUGGCAGAAUUUUUCUAGUAACAUUUCUGCAUGGUGUGUUUUUAAAAGUAAGCUCUAUUAUCUGUCUGUCCUAAAGACAGGGCCUUCAGGUGUCUCCCGCUCGUGACCCUCUCCCCUCCACUCCAGACUGUUGAGAUUACUGGUGUGCACUACUAUGUCUGCAGUGCUGGGGAUGGAACCCAGGGCUUCCUGCAGGCUAAGCAAACACUAUUACUGAGCCACGUUUCCAGCAUAAAAUGUUGAUUUAUUAAAACAGUUGUAGGUUUUCAGAAAAAUUGAUCAGAAGGUGUUCCCAUAACUGCCAUUGAAGCUAAGAACACAGUGUCGAUGACCUAGAGCCCCAACUCUUGUGUCUUAAAUAAGGCUAGCCAGAUGUGGCAGGCCUCCUGCCUCAGCCUCCAGAGUGCUAGGAUCCUGAUCCACACCUCACACUCAGCCCCCACGCCCAGACUCACCUGGAUUGCCGUGAGCAGCAGGUGGUACUUGGAGUCACUUGGCAGGAAGUGCCAAGAGCAAGUGACAGAGCAAGGGACAGAGAGGACAAGGACUUGGGUGAUCUAGACCUGCCUCCUUCCUGCCCCUCCACCCUCUAGAGAAAGCACUGAGGUCUUGAGUCCAAUUCCUAGUUCAGGCAGACCACAGAUUUACCACCUUCCUGCCUCUGCUUAGCCGGGAUUACAGGCCCGCUCCUCCGGCCCUACUUACACGGUUCCCUUUUUAAAAAAAGAUUUUAUCUCUAGUGAUGUGUGCAUGAGGUGCUUUGGAGCCCAGAAGAGAGAGUUCACAAAUAAAUUUAGUCAUCAAUCAGCCCCAUGCUAGGUAGCUCACAACGUCUGUAAUUUCCUGUAGUUCUGAAGCAUCUGAUGCCUCUUCUGACUCACAGACACCCUCAUAACAUAGCAUACAGACUUGAAAUAAAUACUUAAAUAAAAAUAAGUCUUAAAAAGUAAAGGUUUAAGAACAGUAGUAAUGGGGCUGGAGAGAUGGCUCAGUGGUUAAGAGCACUGACUGCUCUUCCAGAGGUCCUGAGUUCAAAUCCCAUCUACCACAUGGUGGCUCACAACCAUCUGUAAUGAGAUCUGAUGUGUGUCUAAGACAGCUACAGUGUACUCAUAUACACUAAAUAAAUAAAUAAAUCUUAAAAAAAAAAAAAAGAACAGUAGUAAUGAGUGGCACUGGGGAUGGACUGCGAGGUCCCUGGGGUCUCACACAUGCCAGAGUACCACUGUACCACCUAGCCACCUGACUCCUCUGACCUUUAAACUGUCAAAAGUGUCCAUGUCCUUCCUGGUCAGGCUCAUUGCGAGAACUCUCACUGAGAAGAUACAGACACACCUAUGCCCUCCUCACAGGACACCAACAACAAACCCAAGUGGGAGUCCAUUGGCGUCCAGCUUGGGGAAGCACGAGUUCUGUGUUUGCUUACAAAGCAUGGCUGAGGUGCUCCUUACAGAAGCACGGGCGAGCCAGCCAGAAAGUCUGCCCCAGUGUGGAUGAGCACCUUCCUACAGCUGCGUGGACAGAGUCCCUCCAUCGGUUCCUCCACAGUAUACUUUACACCUGAGACCAAGGCCACUCACAGUGAAGCACAAUGACAUACAAACAUCUGGGGGUGCAAUCUCAGGUGAGGAUCCAGUGGCCCUUCCCCCACUCCUCUGAGAGAAUGACAGUGUCAAGGACUCAGUCUCAGGAUGUCCUGGAAGUUGUCACAGCUAGUCUGAUGAAGAUGAAGCCUGUUUUGCUGGGAGAAGAGUGCCCUACAAUACCUUGUAAAGACUACCAGUUGAUUCAUCUUCCUGCAGGACUGCCUUCCAUCCAUCUGUCUGUCCGUCCGUCCGUCCGUCUGUCAGUCAGUCUCUCUGGCUUUCCCUCCUUACCCGGCCCCCCAUCUUUCCCAACCUACCUUUUUGGGUUGUGUCUCUAAUUCAGGCUGGCCUUGAACUUGCUAUGGCUUUCCUUUCAUUAGGUAGACCAGAUUAGUUUCUGCCUCCUGAGUGCUGUAUUAAAGGUGCUAACAUUUUCUUUUAAAGGAA